GAAGUUGAUCCCUGGGCUAGUUUUCAGUUUAUAAUAUGCCUCCUCCCCCUUCAGAUCUGAGACCUAUGGAUGAAUGUAAGCAGAAAGUGAACAUUAUUUCUGCCAUUUGCUUUCAACAGACGCCCCAGAUGUGCGAGGGGGACUGAACAAAUGACAGGGGAGGGUGCGACUCUACACAAAAUGAAACGCAGCCUUGGUUGCUACAGGUGAAAUUUUGUUUACAUCCGGGUUGUUUCGGACGAAAACAACACACAACACGCAUAGAAGCAGCUAACCCUGUGUAGUGUAGUUGCUAAGCCGAUUUGACAUUACGAUGGCAGGGGAGACAGAAGACGAGAUACCUGAAACGGGAGCAGUCUUCACCUUUGGAAAAAGCAAAUUUGCAGAUAACGUCCCCAGUAAAUUUUGGCUGAAAAAUGAUGUACCUCUAAAAGUCGCCUGUGGGGAUGAGCACACAGCAUUGAUAACAGAGAAUGGCAAGCUUUUCAUGUUUGGCAGUAACAACUGGGGUCAGCUGGGUUUGGGAUCAAAGACCAUGGUGAACAAGCCCACUUGUGUGAAAGCUUUGAAGUCUGAAAAGGUGCGGCUUGCAGCCUGUGGAAGAAAUCACACUAUAGUUUACACUUCUCGGGGAAACGUGUACUCUACCGGUGGAAACAACGAAGGUCAGCUAGGUCUGGGAGACUGUGAGGAGAGGACAGCCUUCCAAUUGGUGGACUUCUUCAGUUCACAUGGACCAAUCAAAAUGCUUGCUGCCGGCUCCAACACCUCUGCUGCCCUCACAGAGAGUGGGACACUGUUCAUGUGGGGUGACAACACUGAGGGUCAGAUCGGCCUGGGGAAGGAGAGCAGUGCCCUGACCCCCCAGGAGGUCACUGUGGGUCAGCCAGUGGCCUGGGUGUCCUGUGGGUACUACCACUCUGCCUUCGUUACUGUUGACGGGGGCCUGUACACAUUUGGGGAGUGCGACAGCGGCAAACUGGGCCUGGCUACGGGUCAGCUCGAUGGACACCGCAUGCCCCAGCUGGUGAAGGGCAUCACAGACCAGGUGACCCAGGUGGCAUGUGGAGGCGGGCACACCGUGGCUGUGACAGAGGAGGACCUGUACACCUUUGGCCUGGGUCAGUUUGGUCAGCUGGGCCAGGGGACCUUCAUCUUUGAGGCGAGGCUGCCCAGAGCGGUGGAGAACUUCAGGAAGGGCCGAGUACGACAGGUGAUGUGUGGGGAGAACCACACUGCUGUCAUCUCAGACAAUGGUCUUCUCUAUACCUUUGGGGAUGGGAGACAUGGGAAGCUGGGUCUGGGAGAGGAGAACUUCACCAAUCAAUUCAAGCCCACUCUCUGUCCACGCUUCCUCAAGUACAACGUCCAAGCGGUGACAUGCGGAGGUUGCCACAUGCUGGUUCUAGCCAAGCCCAGAGGCAAGAGCUGCCAGGAAGUGACUCUGGAGGAGAAUGAUGUCACAGAGGACUACCUGGAGAAGUCCUACACAGAGCUCUUAGGGGACACCCUCACCUCCACCCCUGCUACCCUGAACAGUAGCCUCUCUGCCCGGGUCAGGAGGAGAGAGAGGGAGCGUUCCCCGCAGCAGUUUGGGCUCAUGUUCCGGACCCUGCCCCCCCUGACGUCCGAACACCUCAUUACCUCCGCACCCCUGCCAGUGUCCAGCCAGACCAUCCCCUCCAGUCUGCCCCCCAAGGAGCUAACCAACAGAAAGGUGCACAACGCCAUUCACCAACACAGGAGCACUGGGUCUAACAAGAAGGAAAAGAGGUCAGCUGAGAAGGGAAGGGAUGAGGGAGACAGCAGCACUGUGGAGAACAUGAUGGACAACGAGAGUGUUAAAGAUCUGGGAGACACCACGGACUUCCUCAACAUGACUCAUGUGAUGAAAAUGGACCCCAGUGACAAGACGUUGACGUUGUCCCCUGUACAGAAGAGGAAGGGUAAGCUUGUGAAAGGGCAUGGUAAGGCUGGGGAACAGCCAGAACUCUGUACCCCUAGGAGGGUGGAUCCCACCCCGCGGGGGGCACUGCCCACAGAGCUGCUGAGGAGCUCCAGUGACAGGUCUCUGGUGGUAGAGAAGAGACCGCGCCACAGGGCUGCCCAGGGCAAAGGCAGUGGCAAGGAGAACCUCGUUGUGGCUCUGGAGGCGAUAACGCCUGCUGAGCCGAAGGCUGGCCCUGCCAAGCCCUCCAGAAAUGGGGACAUUAGCAAGGCCAAAUCCAAACCCUGUCCGUCCGCACUGAAAAAACAACUGUUAGCAGUUGAGAGAAAAGUGGGGGAGAGAUUUGUCGUGGAUUCUAAGGCAAUCCAAAUAAAGCGUGCAGCCAAAGAUCAAAGUGCAGAGGUCAAAAAGACUCUCUUAGAGGUCAACUCUAUAUCUACAAAGGUGAAAAGUCAACAUGUAGCUGUUAGGAGGACACCAGAUAGAAAGAGUGGCAGACAUUCACAAGGCCUUAAGCUAACUGAUGCACUGCCUGUGGACAAGACAACUGAACCAGACCUGGUGUCUGAAGUGCCACAAAAAACGACAAAUGAAAACACAGAAAGAGAAAAGAGCAAACCAAAGACUGAACCACCUGAACAGACACCACUGCGCAGCUUACUGACCGGAGUGUCCUCUCUGGGGUCAGGUGUGGGGCUAGUGACAGCCAGACAGUUUGGUUCUCCCUCAGACAGUGAGUCAGUCCGGAGUCAGAGCAGGGCCCAGAGGUUCAACAGACAGAGUGCUGAGGACGCCCAGUCUUUCUGGAGCCAGUCAUCUGCAUCCUCCGAACCAGGAGGCAAGAGAACAGCAGUCCGCAUCAACAUCAUCCCCGCCCAGGGGAGCUCUGAUCAGGGGGUGGAGGAGGAGCAAUGCAGGUCCUACUCUGGUCCCCCAGACAACAGAGAACAGGAGGAGAGGAGAGGGGAGGAGAGUGGAGACGAGACGGGGAACAGCGACGAUCAGACACCGGCCAAGCAGGAGAGUGAGGGUGAAGAGGAAGAGAGUGAGGGAGGGGUUGGAAUGAGGAGGGCAGAAAGUGGGGGUGGAAAAGGAGUGGCCAAGAGCCGUGAUGAGGUGACAGAUGAGGAAAACAGUGAGGAUGAUGACACGGUGAAGGUAGAGGGGGAGGAUGGAGGGAUCUCUGAAUUAGAGGAGAGCGAGGGAGGAGAUGAGCCAUGUAAGACUGAAACAGAUCAGGGAGACGAAAGUGAGUUAGAGGAUUUAGAGAAAGAGGAGAGUGGACUGGAGGAAGAGGAGGAGGGUGACGGGACAAGUAGCCCAGUGGGAGGAGAGGGAGAGGAGGAGGAAGAAGGGGGCGGAGAGAGCAAGGAGGAGGAAGAGAGUGGGGAAGUAUCGCAUAGUGACACUGAGAGCAAGAGUAAGGAAUCCAAUUAUGAAGAGGAGGAUGAAGAAGAUGGAGAGAAAGAGGAAGAAGAAGGUGAGGAAGAGGAUGAGAGUGUAGGAUCUGUAGAGGAGGAAGAUGAGAAUGAGGCAGGCAGUGAAACAGAGGCAGAGGAGGAAGGAGAGGAAGAGAGCAGUACUGCAGAGGAGAGGGAAGAAGAGGAUAAGAGUGAAGAGGAGGAGGAUGAAGAAGCUGGAGACGAGGAGGAGAGUGAAGAUGAGGAAGAAGACAAACCUGUAGAGGAGGAGGAGAGUGAAGGUAAGGAAGAAGUUGUAGAGGAGGAGGAGGAGAGUGAAGAUGAGGAAGAAGACAAACCUGGAGAGGAGGAGGAGAGUGAAGGUGAGGAAGAAGACAAACCUGGAGAGGAGGAGGAGAGUAAACAGGAGGAGGAGGAAGAAGAGGUGGUUGACAAAGGAAAAGCUAAUGAAGGCCAGGAGAGUCAUCAGAAUGCUGCGGCCAGAGGUAACGGGUCCAAACAGAGGUCAGGGAAAGGGGAAGAGUUCUGGGACAAUGUUUUACCUCAGUACCUCAAUCUCAAAUGAAAUGUACCUCAAUCUCAAUGUUCUGUUCCAAACCAGUGCUGUCUAUCAACUUCUCUCAGGAACACUCUUAAUUUAGCAUUUUAAUGCCUUUUUACAACCCAUACCUUUUUGUAUAACUUUAGAUUUUUCUCCUACUGUUUUUAUUCACGACUUCCAUUUUGUUUUAUUGUAUAUCAACUGCCUUUACAGUCUCACGGCUUUCAUUCACGACUUCCAUUUUGUUUUACUGUAUAUCAACUGCCUUUACAGUCUCACUGUUUUUAUUCACGACUUCCAUUUUGUUUUAUUGUAUAUCAACUGCCUUUACAGUCUCACGGCUUUCAUUCACGACUUCCAUUUUGUUUUACUGUAUAUCAACUGCCUUUACAGUCUCACUGUUUUUAUUCACGACUUCCAUUUUGUUUUAUUGUAUAUCAACUGCCUUUACAGUCUCACGGCUUUCAUUCACGACUUCCAUUUUGUUUUACUGUAUAUCAACUGCCUUUACAGUCUCACUGUUUUUAUUCACGACUUCCAUUUUGUUUUACUGUAUAUCAACUGCCUUUACAGUCUCACUGUUUUUAUUCACGACUUCCAUUUUGUUUUAUUGUAUAUCAACUGCCUUUACAGUCUCACGGCUUUCAUUCACGACUUCCAUUUUGUUUUACUGUAUAUCAACUGCCUUUACAGUCUCACUGUUUUUAUUCACGACUUCCAUUUUGUUUUACUGUAUAUCAACUGCCUUUACAGUCUCACUGUUUUUAUUCACGACUUCCAUUUUAUUUUACUUUAUCAACUCAAUGUCCACAGCCUUGUCUUUCAAUCUCCUUGUAUAGUCCUUUACCAUUUUACAUGGCAGUUAAGAUUUGAUGCUAAAAUGCUUUUU